UCUUGCCAACGACAGUGAACUACAUUGAACCCUGAGCAUGCAGACAGUUUCUAAAUCUAACCCAACCAGUAGCCUUUCGCAUUUGACAGUGACUUACAGGAUGCGCAAAUAAUUGCUAUCAGGAAUUUCUAUUUUUAUUUAGACUUAUAGGCUACUUACGUUGCAUUCGAUUUACUUAUAAUAGACCAAUAUAUUUGUUUAUUAAAAUUCUCAAAUUGCUAAAUUGAUUAUUCAUAUUGAUUUAUCAAUUUAUUAAAAAUGUGUCUCAUUGCAUCAUAUAUAUCAGUAGUUUUCUGCAGUUUUCAUUGAGACUAGUAAACAACCAGUCAAAAAUGUACGCGCGCGAGGAAAGUGCAAAGCGGCCCCUCUUGUUAUGCAAAUGUAUUUACAUUUAACAGAAGCUGAAGCGUAAUAACGUAAUAACGCACUGAAAAUCUAAUCUAGAGCUCGAUAUUUUUUGCGCUCUCGUCUGCGGAGCCACACAGUAACGUUACAGCUGGAAACAGACCGUCCGGUGAAGAAGCGACGGGGAGUAUUUCCUUUCUCUUGAGAAAAGCGGACACGGACGGAGACACCGGCGCGCUCGGCUCUGACUUGACGGCGACCGGCUUCACUUAUUCGAACCCUCAUUCGUCAUACUUAUGGGCACAACACAGACCGAGGUAACCCAGCUGAAGUUGGGAAAGCUGAAAGUGGCACGCCAGAGGUUGCUACAACGUUAUAAGCACAAGACAUUUGUUUCCUGUCUAGCUGGACUCUACGGAUGCCAGUGGAGACGUUACCAGCUCACACAUGCUCAGCCUGGACACCUCUGCUGCUCUAAGCUGGAGUUUGGGAGUGUUGCUCUGAUCGUUCUGACCUUUUGUCUCAGUCUGGUGUUCCUGUACUUCUGGGGUGAAGCUCGGAAUGACUAUAAUGACUUUGACUGGUUUAAUUUUGGUAAUCUGGGUUUCUGGUUUCCAUGGUCCAUGGUUUUGUUGAUUCUUGCUGUUUUUUUGUUCACUUAUGCUGCUGUUCUGCUGCUGCUGGCAGUUUGUCUUCUCUCUGAAGGCCAGAGGUUAUAUUUACAUUGGUGUCACAAGAUUGGGAUAUCAGUGACUUUGAUUCUCUCCAUUGUGGCCUCAUCUGUUCUCACAGAUUUAUGGAGCAAGGAGUGGAUGACUGUACUUUUAUCUUUUCAGGUAACGGCUCCAUAUCUACACAUAGGUGGUGUAGUUUUAAUGACUCUGUUAUCUUGGCCAAUAGCCUUGCAUGUCUUCCGUAUCAGUAUGAGAGUGAGACGGAUGGCCAUCAUGGUGCUGUAUAUAACUGUCCUAGUGACUCUGUACCUGGUUCCUCUGGGCAUGUACUCCCCCUGCAUUAAAGAGAGGAGCACUCUGGGAUCAGCUCCUGCUUUAAUUGGACACAGAGGAGCACCAAUGCUUGCCCCCGAAAACACCUAUAUGUCUUUUGAGAGGGCAUUGGCAGCUGGAGCAGAUGGUCUGGAGACCGAUGUCACUAUCAGUUACGAUGGAGUUCCUUUCCUCAUGCAUGAUAAGAACCUACGCAGGACAACUGAUGUAAAAGACGUGUUCCCAAACUGGACACGCACCUCACCUGCCAUGUUUACUUGGAGAGAACUGCAGAGUCUCAAUGCUGGAUCCUGGUUCUUCUCUCAAGACCCCUUUGGAACAGCUUCAUCUCUGAGCCCAGAUGAGCGUUUGCAAGCUCAGGAUCAGACUGUGUGCACACUGAGGGACUUCCUGGAUCUGGCUGCUCAACAUGGGAAACUAGUGAUCUUUGAUCUGUAUCGGCCGCCCAGGAGUCACCCUUAUAGAGAUGCCUGGAUAUCCCGCACCCUGGAUGUCAUCCAUAAUGAGUCAUCCAUUCACUCCAGUCAGGUAUUGUGGUUGCCUCCAGAACUCAGAGAGUUUGUACAAGAAAUCGACCCAGAGUUACAGCAGACGACAGCCGAACAAGCACCAGUGGAGGACCUUCAGCUCAGACACAUAUCCAGACUCAACAUCCAUUACAGCUCCAUGUCAGAGAAAGAAAUCAGAAAAUACGCUGCUGCUAACAUCAGCACCAACCUGUACGUGAUCAGCGAGCCGUGGCUGUAUUCUCUUGCCUGGUGUGCAGGGGCUCAUUCUGUCGCCACUAAUGCUGUUCACAUCCUCAAGAACCUGCAAAGACCGCUCUUUCUAAUGACCCCGGAUGAGUACAGGCUUAUGUGGACUCUUACCGACAUCAUUUCCCUUAUUCUUGUCAUGAUUAUCUUUGGGUUUCACUGGUGGAGGGAGCGUGGCUUGGCUCUCAGUGUGGACAGCAGUUCAGUACAUGAAAAUGGGUCCUACAGACAGUUCAGGACAGAGGUGAAUGAUGUGUGGUCUUUGUCCAACAUGAGUGACUCUGACAAGCAGGAACCAUCUCUUUGAAGUGCCUGAUGAAGUGUGUUGGUUCAUAUCUAACCCUACUUACUAAAUCUUUAACUGAUGUUCAGUUCAGCCACUAUAAACCACUGUUUAUGUGGUACAUUGAAAUCACCCUUACAUUUUAUAAAUUGUAAGUGUUUGGUCACAAAAUGACAGAUAAGUGAGCUGUUCUAACGCGAUGCAAUGGGAUACAAAUGCUAAAUUCUAGUGACUAUUCUUGCACCUCAGAUUUUAUAUUGUCAUUUGAGUUAUUGCCUUUCACAUGCCCCAGGUUUUAUCAUUGCUACUGUAAAGGUUUCCAUUUCAAGCAUGAAUGGAAAUAUUUGUCAUGUCGAUGAAACUGAUGUUUCCUUCACUGAAAUAUUAGUGGAUCCAUUGGUUUUAUGUUUCAUCUUAAGUGGUAUUUAAAAUCCAUGCCAUGGUUUUGGCUGAAUCAUUACUCCCAGCCAGGAGCUUAAUAUUGUAAGAACCCAAGAAGUCAUAAAUCAUUUCUGUUUUGUCCUUUUUGUCUCGUUCUAAUUUUUCAUCGUGUCUAAUUGAUCAUUGUGUAAUCAUUUUUUGGUUAUUGCAGUGUCAUGAUUGCCUGGAAUCAUGAUGCUUUUAAUCUUAAGUUUUCAAUUUUUAAACUCAUGUUUGUUUUAUUUGCAUAAUUUUUCUUAAAAUGUUAAGACCGUUACAAUUUUGUUUAUUUAAUUACUUGAAUAAAUCUUG